GGCGGGGUUACAUAGCAGUCCCUAGUCUUUCGAGUGGGAAUCCCCGACAAUAACAACGCCAAACGUGCUUUUCCUCAAAUAUUUUGACUCUUCUCACUCGGUCCUCCAGCCAAGGCUCACCCUUGUUGGUCAGCGGGGAGUACAGCGACGUCCAAAGCUCUUCCCUCCUUCUCUGUGGGAGGAAGAAGAGAAGUUAACAAUGGGAGAGCCAAGUGGUUUCACCCCCAGCCAGGAGGAUACCUUCAGAGAGCUGUGGGGAGUUGUGACUGCCUCUAUAGAUGUAGGCAUGGCACCACAGAGAGCCCCCCAACAUGAGCAAUGGCAGGUUGAAGCUCCAAUCGAGGCACUAGCCUCUACAGCUUUUCUCUUGAAUGACCAGGAACUGCACGAGCAGUUUGACGAGGAUCUCUUUGACACCCUGAACUCAGAGGCGAUGAUGACGAAGGGGAGCGAUUUUGUCACUCCCCCUGCCUCCACUGUUCCGGUUACUACAGACUAUCCAGGGGAAUAUGAAUUCAAGAUCCACUUCCAGAAGUCUGGCACCGCCAAGUCUGUCACUUCUACUUAUUCAGAGCAACUCAACAAGUUGUUCUGCCAGCUGGCAAAAACCAGCCCAGUGUCUAUGCAGUUGAACAAGGAGCCUCCUCAUGGUGCUGUCCUCAGAGCCACGGCAGUUUACAAGAAGACAGAGCAUGUGGCUGACGUGGUGCGCAGAUGCCCCCAUCACCAGAACGAAGAUUCUGCUGAGCAUCGCAGCCACCUAAUCAGAGUGGAGGGCAGCCAGAGAGCUCAGUAUUUUGAAGAUGGUCACACAAAGAGACAAAGCGUGACAGUCCCCUAUGAGCCACCUCAGCCGGGUGCAGAGAUGACCACCAUCCUGCUGAGCUUCAUGUGCAACAGCUCCUGCAUGGGUGGAAUGAACCGCAGACCCAUCCUCACCAUUCUGACCCUCGAGACUCCAGAGGGAGGGGUGCUGGGCAGGAGAUGCUUCGAGGUGCGUGUCUGUGCAUGUCCUGGAAGAGACCGCAAGACUGAGGAGGAAAACAGCACCAAGACGCAGAACGGGAUCAAGCAAACCAAAAAGAAAAAGAGCACCCUGGCUCCUGACGUGACCCCGGCAAAGAAACUGAAGACUUCCUCAAGUGCAGAUGAGGAAGACAAGGAGAUCUUUACCCUUCAUAUUCGGGGAAAAAAGAGAUAUGAGCUACUCAAGGAGAUCAAUGAAGGUCUGGACCUGGCUGACAAGAAGCGCAAGAAACAGGCCAAGAAGCACGAGGUUCCCGCCACUGGAAAACGGCUGAUGCAGCAAAGCGAGCGCAGCGACAGUGACUGAAGAACCUUGUUGCUUUGAUCAUGGAGUCGGACACUGCAGUGUCUCCGACAUUCUUUUUGUUUUUUAAAAACCUUAUGAAUAAAGUCAAAUUGAUUAUGCAGA